UGCUUUCGCAGGCUCCACUGCUUUUGCAAUCUUGCAACCGAAAAGCUAACAAAGUAACCUAGUCAAACAAUGAAGCACUGGAGCAUCACCAUGAGCAAUAUUCAGUUAGGAGGGAAAGCUGGCUCGAAAACAUUGACAAAGGCAUUCAAAAUUCGAGAUGAUCUAGUGCACCACCAGAAAUACGUUGCAUGCUUAAUCACCCAUUGGUACAAGCCCUGCUGAUCUCAGGGUAAUAUGCAUACCAUAUAAUCCGUAAUAGGGAGGGUUGGUGAAUCGAGGAGCGAUAUAUAAAGCAAAGGGUAUUUGCAAUUACAGGGAGAAGAGGUUUGUUGAAUCAAGAUCAAAUCAAAAAAAAAAAUGAAAUUUUCCACUAUUAUAACUGCAUUGCAAUUAGUCCUUUUGGCACAAGCACAAACCGAUAACAGCGUGAAAGCCGAAGAGGCAGCUGGAGAAUCGAUAUAUGAUUUACUUAAAGUAAGAUCGGAGCCAUUAUACGUUCAAAAACUAGAAAGAAGAUCAAAUUCAUCUAGUAAUUCUACCAAAUCAAAUGGUAGUAAUAGUUCAACAAGCACAUCUAGUGAAGACGGAACUAGUUCGUUCCAGCAAAGUACUAAAUCCUCGUCGUCACCUGGAUCAAGAUUAUGGAGUGAAUACAGCUUACACGGGGCUGCUGCUGGUGUUCUUGCUUCAUUUUUAUUAGCAUAAAAAAAUAGUUUUUCUUGUAUAAUAGUUUAAUAAAAGCUUUGAUCGUUGAGUUUAUGAAUUCCGAAAUGA